AUGGCCCUCAUGAACGGACUCCUGUCUCUCCACGUCGGCCAGGGUCAGGGCUCCUGGAUGCGUGAGUUUAACGGGUAUGCCGUCACCUCCCUAUCCGAGGACCGUCCCUGGCAGCUGCGCGCCUCCCCGAACAGCCGGAACGAGUUCACCCUCACAUAUGACGGAAAAGACGACAUGGCCCUCACCCUCGGCGAGGAGGAUAGCGACCCUAAAGAGAUUACCAUCAUCAUAAAGCCACUCGACGAUCCACCAUCCCGGGAGCAGCUGUGGACAUUUGAGGAGGUGAUGGGACCUCCAAUAUUCCCCCCCCGAAUGAUGGGCCGAUUGCAGAGCUGUGCAAGGCCAGACCUGUCCGCGAGUGUCGGUGGACACAUCCCCUUGCCAAGGAUCUUCCUGCCAGUCUCGGCGGUGCCGAACGAGAAAGCUCGUCUGAAUCCUGAUGCCGCGAGAUGGUACGCUAAUUACAAGAGUGCCCCACCCAACGAUGUAGAAGAAUUCAAGCGGCAGUAUGGGGUCGACGCUGCCGACUUAUUAAACAACAUCGCCGUCCUGGUCCAGCGUAUCCGCCUCCAGAAGGAUACCUUGAGUACACAACUCACCGCCGCCAACGAAGCCAUUGACAACCUUGAGGAGCAGGUAACUCAGCUCAACCUCGACCUCAAUGUCGCUCGCGCUGCCCCCGCCCCUGCCGUCUCUGCCCCCGUUGCCGCUGCUCCCCCACCUACUACUGUCCCUGCCUUCAGGUCCGAAAAGUUCCCAGACCCUGAAAAAUUGCACGGCACCCAUACCAAGCUUCCCGGAUUCACCAUCCAACUUCGAAUGAAACUUGAAGUCAACCACGAUUGGUUCCGAAACGAGGCAGCAAAAGUUAUCUAUGCUGUCAGUCGCUUGGAAGGAGGGGCCCUUGACCAGGUCGUUCCACUCGUUAACGCUAACCCUGCUGCCCCAUUCUCCUCCAUCACUACCUUCAUUGCCCACCUGAAAGCCUCGUUUGGAGACCCAGGUCCCCGGGGUACCGCCCUGGACUACAACGAAGGAGCCCAGAUCGAUGCCCUGGCUGAAGGACUGUCGGACGAUCUGAAGGGCACCAUGACAUACUGGACAGACAGGCCUAACACCGUAGAGGCGUAUGCCACCAUGUUAAUGACAAUUGACAACCAGGUUCGGGUCAGUAAAGCUGAACAACAGGCCAUUCGGAAUACGAUGGGACAAUUUAAGGCCCCCGCCACUGUCGCACACCCAUCUCAUACCGCCGGAGGCCUCGCCUCAAUGGACCUCUCCACCCUCCAAGCCCGUCCCACUCAACGCCCUCCCACCGAACAACGAUUCAUCUUUCUCAAUGGACAACGCAAGACCUCCGCUGCUGAAAAAUAA